AUGACCACCCCAGAAAUUCAGGAAUUUCCCAGAUCCUACAGCAUUCAUGAUCCUCAACAGAUGGUGUGGGUCCUGACUGGAAAUUCUCUAACAGCAGUUCCUGCUAACAACAAUGUCAAGCCUGUCAUUCUUAAUGUAAUAGCAUGUAGAGACACAGAAUUCCAAGAUGAAGAAAAGGGUAAUCUGGUUUUUCUGGGAAUCAAAGGCAAAAAUCUCUGUCUCUUCUGCACUGAAAUUGAAGGCCAGCCUACUUUGCAGCUUAAGGAGGCGGACAUCAUGGACAUGUACAAGGACAGCAAAGCACAGAAGGACUUUCUCUUCUUUCACAGCAUGGAGGGCUCCACCUCUGCCUUUCAGUCAGUCUCCUAUCCUGGAUGGUUCAUAGCAAGCUCUUCUACAGCAAGACAGCCCAUCAUUCUCACCCAGCAGAGGGGUGAAGCCAAUAACACCAACUUCUACUUACAUCCUGAGAAUUAA